AUGGCCCAACAUAUGAUCCAAGCUCACGAUAACGUCUUCGAUGCCGUCAUCAGCAACGUCUUCGAGAUGACCGGCAAUCGCACCGCCAUUAAGGGUCGGGUAAAUACCAUACUCGAUCAACCCCCCGGCCCAACCUUUGAUACAGAAGCCGAUUACGUUCGCCAAAGAGAGGAGAUCUUGAAGCGCGAGAAUACAUUAUCAUUUGAUUUCCGCGCAAAGACACUGGCAUCAAACAAGGAGCAGAAGGCUAACGCCAUCAUUCAAAAACUCAAGAUAAAGGACAAGGAGGAGGUUUAUGACCAGGCUGAGCCAAGGCAAGGACGGGGUGGUCAGAAUCAUCCGCGGUUUGCUGCUGACCAUUUCUUGUCAAACGUCGACUUGAUCAACCAGACGAGCCUAUUCCGAGUCGCCGUCAAGAUGCCAAAGGGAGCACAUCUCCAUAUCCAUUUCAACGCUUGCCUGCAGCCUCAUGUGUUGUUGGGCAUCGCCGCGACCAUGUCCCGCAUGUUUAUCAAUAGCGAUUUGUCCUUGGCGCCGAGCGCCGCAAAGACUAACCUUCAACGUUGUGAAAUCCAGUUUUCCAUCUUAGCGGCUGGAAAGGAGAAGGGCAAUGAGGGAAACCUCUUCGAUGCCGAUUACGCCGACAACAAGGACCGGCCAAGGCAAAUGAUGAAAUACUCAGAUUUCAUCCUCCAAUUUCCUGAACACUACAACGGCAUGAAGGCUGAGGAGUGGCUCACAACAAAACUUGUCUUCCACGAGGAUGAAGCACACAACGAGCUUCAAACAGUCCAGGGAGCAUGGGAGAAGUUCAACGGCCGGACACGGAUGAUGAAGGGACUCUUCAACUAUGAGAAGGCCUACAGAGAAUACACACGAGGCAUUCUUGAAGAUUUUGUCCGCGACAACAUUCAGUAUGCCGAGAUUCGGCCUAACUUCAUGAAGACAAAUCAACUCUGGAGCAACGACGGUACGCAGCAAAUCGGCAACGAAGGUAUCAUGGAGAUAAUUAUCGACGAGUACGAAAGGUUUCAGAAGGAGACCAAAGACUACUUUGGCGGGCUGAAGGUCAUCUACUGCACCCCUAGGUCCUUUCCCAAGGAGACGGUGGCAUUUGCCCUCGAUGAGUGUUUCAGGUUCAAGCAAAAAUGGCCCGAGUGGAUUGCUGGAUUCGAUCUGGUUGGCGAAGAAUCACAGGGUCACCCUUUACGAUAUUUCAUAGAAGAAUUCCUCGCCUUCAGGAAGAAAUGCGAAGAAGCUAUUCCUAAAGUCGAUAUUCCAUUCCUCUUUCACUGCGGAGAGACAACAGAUAUUGGCAACGAGACGGACGGCAAUCUUGUAGAUGCCCUUUUGCUCAACUCAAAGCGCAUCGGCCACGGGUUUGCUCUGGCCAGGCACCCUUAUAUCAUGGAGCAUAUGAAGAAAAGGGGUAUCUGCCUUGAGGUGUGCCCAAUUUCCAACGAGGAGCUUGGUCUCACACCCCGAAUUACGGGCCACUCAAUGUACAAUUUGCUCGCCAACAACGUACACUGCACAUUAAACUCGGACAACGGAACAAUAUUCAGAUCAACUCUUUCACAUGAUUUCUAUCAAGCGAUGGUGGGUAAGACGGACAUGACCUUGUACGGCUGGCGACAGCUCAUUGAGUGGAGUCUUGAGCACUCUUGCAUGUCAAAAGGCGAGCUCAAGAAAGUGCGGGAGGAAUGGGAGAAACGUUGGGGGAAGUUUUUGGACUGGAUUCUUGCUGAGUUCAAGGAGUUGCACCCAGAAACCUCAAAAUAG